AUGUCGUCCAAGAUCGUUGGAGCUCUUCAGGGCACUCUUUCCAAGUUGAACGCUAUCCAAAAGCCCGUUGUCUACAACGCCAAGGUUGCCGCUGAGGUUGCUAAGCAAGUCUAUGUCAAGGAAGGCAUGCAUUUCCCCUCUGGUGCCCAGUUUGCCGAAGCUCAACAAAUUGUUCAAAAGAACCUUAAGCCCUCGAUCUUCAAGAACCUUACUGCUGGUGAUGUCGUCAAGGGUGGCGUUGUUGCUGCCGAACUUUACACCUUCUUCCUUCUCGGUGAAAUCGUUGGUCGCAGAAACUUGAUCGGCUAUGACGUUGAAUCUGUGGAUGCUCAUGCCCACUAA